GGGGCUUACCGAGCCCAGUCAUUCAAUGCAGUCAUUCAAUAAUGGGGUAGAGUAGUGACUCUAAUAAGUGAUUACGCCAACGCAACGCUGUGAACGAUAGUCGGUAAUGGCGCAGAAUCAAAGUUGGGGGCCUAUAUUUACUGGAGCAUUAAUAACUGGGGCGUUCACUGUGAUGCGACACUGUGCCGGGCUAGGCUAUCCGCCCCCGCCCACUAACAUGUGGCUUCGCUAAGCUUGCUUGCUGUAUGCCAAUUCUCUCCAUCCGUGCUCAGCCGUGUCCAAAGACGAUCUAAUAUCUGAUACCAACUAGGCUGUACCUAUCCCUAUCUAUUCCCAGGUAUCUACAUCAUAUCACACGAAAGUCACGCCAAGCCUCCAUUCGAAACGCCGUUUCCAACUCUUGGGAAACCUUAAAAACGCCAGAGGUAUAACAAUAGAUCAAAUACUGAGCACGUCGAUAGCAUAUCUAUAAAGGGUAUUCUUUCCUAAACCCCUUCCAUACGCACGUAAUCAUACUCCAAGAUGCAUUUCCCCGCUCUCCUCGCCGAUGAGCGCCUGACCCAACUUCAACGUUCAACCGCCACCUCCCAAUACUCUGGUAGCUCCGAAGCCACACACAAUUCUCCCAUUCAGAUAUCAUGCAUGGUUUUAAUUAUUCUCGGAAUAGUUGCAAAAGCAGCGUUUGCGGUGGAAAGUUUGGACUGGCUGGAUUAUACUAUUCUUUGUGUUUUGGUAUGUACCGUGGUGCUGAAAGCACUCAUAGAUAUUCGAAGCUAACACAUGUAUCAGACGGGAAUUUGGUAUUCUCGACGACGACCGACUACGUAUGUAGUUCUUUGAAUUCAGGACCAGGUAGUCCUGGCAUUAGUAUGGCGUUGGUGCGGACGGAAGGGAAUAUGAGAUAUAGCUACGAUUAUGGAUACGGUUUGGUUUUGGUUCCAGGAUAGGGUUUUGGUUACAUUCUGAUUUUCUAUGCGCUGGAUGGGCUGGAUGGUGAUGGGUCAUGGGAACUGGACGGACAGAUUUGCAUUUUGGAUGGCGUACUAGAAAUUACGAAUUAUGAAUGAAACUACUUAUCAACUGCAUCACUUUAGAGCAACACACA